UGAAGUUUGUUUUCUGGUUAUCAUCUUCUAAGAGCUGUGAGUGUAAACAAGUGUGAGGUUUGAGUGUCUGAAUUUUAUCAAGUACUACUGGCAAUGUUUUUAGCUUGGGUUCAGCAGUUAUUACAUGGUGUUCUCGGAAACAGGAGAUCACGGCUCUCUCGACGACCGAAGCGGAGUAUGUUGCAGCAACAAGUGCAGCUUGUCAAGCUGUUUGGCUUAGAAGAUUGCUCUCUGAUUUGGGGCAAGCACAGACUGAUCCUACAAAGGUAUAUUGUGACAAUAGAUCAACCAUUGCAAUUGCAAAAAACCCAGUCCUACAUGGGAGAAUAAAGCAUAUAGAAAUCAGAUUUCACUUCAUUAGAGAUCUGAUAGCAAAAGGCUUAAUAGUUUUGAACUUCUGCAGCACUGAAGAUCAAAUGGCCGAUAUCUUCACGAAGGCGCUCUCAGUUCAGAAGCAUUCUUAUUUCAGAACAAUGCUGGGCGUAUGCAGCUUUAAUUAAGGGAGAGUGUUGAGGUUUAAAUAAAGCUAGUAAUGUUGCAGUUAUGCAUGGGAGUUUGUGUUAAUAAGCAUGUGUUUUUUAUAUUUGAGUCUAUGUCAAUAAAUUGGUCUCAUAAGACUUAGUCUAGUACUGUUAGAGAAACUUGGUCAAACGUUGUUGGACUGUUGCCUUGUAAUGCGUGUAAGCAUCCCUUGUUUUGUGUGUGGACCGUUCCAAGAUGAAAGCUAUAUGAAGGCAUAGUAAUCAUGCAAAUAAUAAGAAGAAUAUUUGAACUCCAGAAUCCUUUACUACUUCUCUCUCUACACUUCUCUCUAACAGUUGGUUGGACUUGGACGAAGACCACUGAGUCAGUGCUCUACUCCGGUGAUGUAGCACCAAUCGGAACCACGAUCGUUAAUGGGAACAAUGAACUCACACUGCUGGACGACUGCAACCUGGUGCUCAACGGCGACGGAGCCACAAAAUGGCAGACUGGUGUCACUGACAGAACCAUGCAUGACUGUUACGCUAACUUGGAAGCUAAUGGUGAGUUGAGAGUGAAGCAUUGGGGUGGUGAUGUUCUCUGGACUAACAGAGUGGCUUCACCCAGCACGUAUUCGGAGUUUGUUCUCGUGCUGCAAACCAACGCCAUGCUCACUGUCUAUGGCCCUGUAAUCUGGUCUAAUGUCAUCUCCAGCGCUGUUUCCGGCAAGAUUGACACGGUCACUGCCGACUAACU